GACUCCUACAACUCUGCCAGUCUCCAGCCCCUGCCCUUCAGUCGUACAGAUGGCGUUCUCCCAGUAUAUCUCCUUAGCCCCAGAGCUGCUACUGGCCACUGCCAUCUUCUGUUUAGUGUUCUGGGUGUUGAGAGGCACAAGGACCCAGGUUCCCAAAGGUCUGAAGAGUCCUCCCGGACCCUGGGGCUUGCCCUUCAUUGGGCACAUGCUGACCCUGGGGAAGAACCCACACCUAUCUCUGACAAAGCUGAGUCAGCAGUAUGGGGACGUGCUGCAGAUCCGCAUUGGCUCCACACCCGUGGUGGUGCUGAGCGGCCUGAACACCAUCAAGCAGGCCCUAGUGAAGCAGGGGGAUGACUUCAAAGGCCGGCCAGACCUCUACAGCUUCACACUUAUCACUAAUGGCAAGAGCAUGACUUUCAACCCAGACUCUGGACCGGUCUGGGCUGCCCGCCGGCGCCUGGCCCAGGAUGCCCUGAAGAGUUUCUCCAUAGCCUCAGACCCCACAUCAGUAUCCUCUUGCUACUUGGAGGAGCACGUGAGCAAAGAGGCUAACCAUCUAAUCAGCAAGUUCCAGAAGCUGAUGGCAGAGGUUGGCCACUUCGAACCAGUCAACCAGGUGGUGGAAUCGGUGGCUAAUGUCAUCGGAGCCAUGUGUUUUGGGAAGAACUUCCCCAGGAAGAGCGAGGAGAUGCUCAACCUCGUGAAGAGCAGCAAGGACUUUGUGGAGAAUGUCACCUCAGGGAAUGCUGUGGACUUCUUUCCGGUCCUGCGCUACCUGCCCAACCCAGCCCUCAAGAGGUUUAAGAACUUCAAUGAUAACUUUGUGCUGUUUCUGCAGAAAACAGUCCAGGAACACUAUCAAGACUUCAACAAGAACAGUAUCCAGGACAUCACAGGCGCCCUGUUCAAGCACAGUGAGAACUACAAAGACAACGGUGGUCUCAUCCCUCAGGAGAAGAUUGUCAACAUUGUCAAUGACAUCUUUGGAGCUGGAUUUGAAACAGUCACAACAGCCAUCUUCUGGAGCAUUUUGCUACUUGUGACAGAGCCCAAGGUGCAGAGGAAGAUUCAUGAGGAGCUGGACACGGUGAUUGGCAGAGAUCGGCAGCCACGGCUUUCUGACAGACCCCAGCUGCCAUAUCUGGAGGCCUUCAUCCUGGAGAUCUACCGAUACACAUCCUUUGUCCCCUUCACCAUCCCCCACAGCACAACGAGGGACACCUCACUGAAUGGCUUCCACAUUCCCAAGGAGUGCUGCAUCUUCAUAAACCAGUGGCAGGUCAACCAUGAUGAGAAGCAGUGGAAAGACCCCUUUGUGUUCCGCCCAGAGCGGUUUCUUACCAAUGACAACACGGCCAUCGACAAGACCCUGAGUGAGAAGGUGAUGCUCUUCGGCUUGGGAAAGCGCCGGUGCAUUGGGGAGAUCCCGGCCAAGUGGGAAGUCUUCCUCUUCUUAGCCAUCCUCCUGCAUCAGCUGGAGUUCACUGUGCCACCGGGCGUGAAGGUGGACCUGACACCCAGCUAUGGGCUGACCAUGAAGCCCAGAACCUGUGAACACGUCCAGGCCUGGCCACGCUUCUCCAAGUGAAGAUGGCCGAGACAUCGGCCGCCACCCUUGUUCCUUUUCCUUUCUUUUUAAAUAACAGCUUUUUCAAGAUACAAUUCCUCCACCAUUUAAUUCAGCUCCAAUCAAUUUUCAAUAUUGUCUACACUGUUCCCUGCAAACCCAUACCCAUUAAGAUUUAUGACUAUUCCUCCUACCCUGUUUCGCUUGCUGUGCCACGUGCUAAUCUAGUUUUUGACUCAAUAGAUUUGCCAACUCUGGCUGUUUCAUAUAAAUCCAGUGAGUUAUGGUC